AUGUCACAGGCUGCAGACGGCAGCGCCGAUGGCACUGAGGCGCCGCUGCUUCCCUCGUCGGCGGCGGGGACGCCGCCACCGCCGACAGCAGACCUGACGCUGAUGAGCGGCGCGGAGCUGUUCAUGCGGGAGGACGUGGGGCUCACCGACGCCGAGGUCGAGGUGCUGUCGGGGUCCAUGAACGUCUUCAUGCUCGCGUCCAUCCUCGCCGCCGGCUCGGUGGCCGACCACCUGGGCCGCCGCUGCACCCUCGUGCUCGCCAACGCACGCCUUUCCUCAUGGCCGGCGCGCCAAAUUUGA